CAAGGGGCGGCGCGCUGUCCCGGGUGCACCUGCGCGCCGCAGCUGCCCUGGCCGGCGCGCCUCGGUGUCGGCCUCUGGUGUCCAGCCAGGGUACUUCGUCGGCGUGCAGUACUGUGCGGGGGGGCGGCGCCGCCCUGAUCUACGAGCCCCUUGUGGUUGGGGCGCCGCCUGUGCGGCCAGGCGUGGCGUGCAUACCUCCCUUGGACGCCGAUGGGCACGAGGAGAAAUACGUGGCUUCGAUGGACGUGCUGAGGCGGGACAUCUUCCACGGGGGCCCCGCCGUCGUGACGGCGCGGUGGGCUCCCGGGGCUCGCUGCCGCAGGUUCCGCAGCAUGCCGACGCUGACGACGAUCCUGAUGGCCGCAGCCGCCGCGGCGUGUCGCGCGGGCAUCCCCGCUCCCCCUGGGCCGGUCGUGGCCAAUGCUGCGGGGCGAGUGCUGAGGGCGCCGGCCGCUGGGGCGCCCGACGGGCUUGCGCCCCCCCUCGUGGGCCAUGCCGCCACUCCUGCGGCAUGCGCGGUCGGGCCGGUCGUGGCCCUCUGCGGGCCCGCGGCCGCGCCUGGAGCGCCCCUGUCGCCCUCGCCCGCGGCGGCGGCCCCGCCGGGCGGCCCGCCGGCGCCAGCCCCGGCGCCCGCGUCGGCCCUGGCGCCCGCAGCGCCGCCGCUUGGGGCGGCCGCGGCCGCCGCUGCGCCCUGGGCCCCCGCCCACCCGAGGAGGCAGGCGGUGGUGCAUUACACCCUCGGCUCCAGGGCGGCGGGCUUCGGCGACGUCGGACUCAUGAAGGACAACGGCUUGUCGCCCAUCGGGCGCUUCGGCAAGUGGAGGUCAGAGGUGCGCCUCUCCCUCGCCGACGGGGGCGUGGCAGAGCGUGAACGGUGCCGCGCCCACGUGGAGCAAAUGGUGUGCUUCGAUCAGUUGAACGACCCAGACUCUACGGCGGUGGAGAUGAUCUGCCGCGGCAUCCCGCUCCAGGAGGAGAGGUGGCGCGAUCGGUGCGCCCGAUCGGCCGACGAGUCCUUGGGCUCGCACUUGUUCUACGGCGCGGCGUCGAUCCGUGGCGACGUGUUCUCGCGCCCCCAGCUGCUGGCCCACGUCGGCGACGGGCUCUCCAAGGGGUACGCCGUGGCAAAGGAGAGGCUUCAGGUAAAGGGGGGGCGCCUGUCCACGCUCACCCCGAACAACGAGGACAUGGAGGGCGGCAAGGGCAAGUACAAGGACGAGUCGAAGGGGGCGAAGGAGAGCGCGCAGCGGGACGGAGGGCCCCCUGCUGCGGCGGAGCUCGAGCACCAGGCCCGUUUUCGCGGCGAGUUCGCCGCCAUUGGUGACCAUCGUCAUCGGGAUCUCUGUCCUUUGUUUCACGUGGCCCGACGUGCUGUUCGCGCUGCCGACCGCCGCCCCUGCCGCGCCAUCCCCCAGCGGGUCCGCCGCUACGAUGUGCUAUGGCAAUGGGCUGACCAUGGCGUGGAUGCGCUCAACCGCUUGCACGGCCACUCUGGUGUGGCCCCGUCGGCGCCCGACAACCUGGGACAGCAGACCAGUUGGAAAUUUUUGGAGGACUGCUACCUGGGCGUGUGCGCGAUGCCGAGCGCACCAGGUUUUUGUGAAGAAGCCCUCCGCGAGCUUCUCAGUGGCUCCGCGUUCGACUCUGUCGACGGCGGAGCCCGGGCCCCGUGCUCCAAGGAGUUGGUCUCCUGGCUUGAGGUGUGUGCCAGCCCUGCCGACCUUCUGGGCUGCCUCUCUCAGGACAACGCCGACUGGGCACGGGAUUGGCGACAUUAUUUGCUCAGGGCGCCUGUCAAGGCGCUGCAGGGAGCUCGGUACGCCAACGCCUACUUCCACCAGGCGCCUCCGGCGCGGCUGCCCACGGCGGCUGCGGUGUCUUCGGUGGGGUCUGGCGGCCGGCCGCAUUAUGUGGCAAGCGGCGACCUCGACUAUGCCUUCUGCCGCCUCCGGCCCAUGUCGGGCCCUGAGGACUACUUCACUUUGCCGAUGCUGCCGCGCACCCUCGCCGGCGUCUCCCAGCUCGAUGGCGUCGCGGUCCCUGCGGGCACUUGCCUGAUGCCGUUCCUCACCAUCCUGCCCAUGGGGUCGUCGGGGGCGUUGCACCUUUGCCAGACGGUCGCCAUGCGGGCGAUCGCGGUGGCUGGCUUCCCGCGCUGGGAUGACGUGUCCGCCGUCCUGGGGGGCUGGGGCCUCACGGUCCAUGACGAGACGGUCGCCUCCACGGUCGCCGUCUGGGUGGUGCUGGAGCUCAGGCGGGGCCGCUGGCUAUCGGCCAAGCGUCGCAACCUGUGGCAGAUGCGCGCGGCGCGUGACGCUGGGCUGCGCCGGGGUUGCUGCCCAAGCAAGAGCCUGGAGUUCCAGGUCGGCCACAUCACCUGGGCAUGCCUGAUGCGACGGGAGCUGUUGUGUGUGCUGAGCGCCGUGUACCCGUACGCCGUGGCCGGCCUUGCCUUGACUUCCCGGAAGUGGGGCUCUGGGCGCGUGGAGCUCUGUCUGGGGGUUCUGGCUGGCCCGUGGCACGGCAUCGUCGGGGUGAGCUACGCCUCUGAGCUCGGAGGCGGCGUUGCCGCGCGGCUUGUGCGGCCGAGCGUAGCGGCGCAGCACGGCCUCCAGUGCGAGCGAGGGCGGCGCCGGGUGCAUGGUGCCGAGAGGGCGCCUGGAAGAUCCUUCAUCAGGGUGUACUCUCGGGAGUCCAUGGAGGUCCCCCGGGAGUUCUUCGACGGGGCCAACUGA